UUGACUGUGGGACGCUGGAGGAGACACGUCUGUUGGACCGGACUCUCCCGACACACUUGCUCUCACUCAUCCACCAUCAUUAACUACAACACCUCCACGUGUGGGGGACUUGCUCUGCACCACAUCCAAGGAACGCUUUCACCGCCAUAACGCAUUUCUACUAGAGAUACAUUUAUACUCAAUUUCUGACGAAUUUGUAGUAGUCGCCACUCGCUAACUAUUCAAGUGAGAACAAGCGGUUGCAGGAUGAGCUGUCCAUAUGCCAGGGAAAAUGGGUUGGACGUGUCUCAGGAGGGGAGGAAUCUGGCGGAGGAGUUCGGCGGCAUCACCUACACAUCCUACCUCAAGCUUCACCAACUCCUCAGUGCUCAAAGCUGCAAGUCAACGGUCCACGAUGAACACCUCUUCAUAGUCAUUCAUCAAGCAUACGAGCUAUGGUUCAAGCAAAUCAUUUUCGAGAUAGACUCUGUGCGGGAGAUCUUCAGUCAGGAGGAAGUGGAUGAACACAAGAUGCUCGAAAUUGUCAAGCGCAUGCAGAGGGUCACACUCAUACUCAAGCUGUGUGUGGACCAGUUUCUCAUCUUGGAGACGAUGACGCCUCUUGAUUUCAUGGAGUUCCGGGAUUACCUGUCUCCUGCGUCAGGCUUCCAGAGUUAUCAGUUCAGACUCCUUGAGAACAAACUUGGAGUCAAAGGGGAACUGAGAGUGCGCUACAACCAAGAAAACUACACAAAAGUGUUCGGUGAUGAACCAGAAAUUUACAAAGCAAUAAAGGCAUCAGAGGAUGAGCCAUCCCUGCAGAACCUGGUAAACCGAUGGCUAGAACGUACGCCAGGCCUGGAAGAGAAAGGUUUUAACUUCUGGAAAAAGUACAAAAUGGUGGUAGAUACAAUUCUUGAAGAACAACAACAAGAGGCAAAGGCUGAGGAGAAUGAGGCCCUAAAAUCAUACUUGACGGCACAACAUAAGAAACGUCAAGAGCUGUUUGAGAGCAUUUUUGAUGUCAGGGCUCACAAUGCCCUAAUGGCCCGUGGGGAGAGACGCCUUAGCCACAAAGGUCUUCAGGGAGCCCUCAUGAUUUCCUUCUAUCGAGAAGAACCUCGCUUCAAUCAGCCCCACCAGCUUCUUACAUUACUCAUGGAUGUUGACUCUUUAAUGACUAAGUGGAGGUACAAUCAUGUAAUGCUCGUGCAGCGAAUGAUUGGCUCGCAGCUGAUUGGCACUGGAGGUUCUUCAGGAUAUCAGUAUCUGCGCUCAACACUAAGUGAUCGAUACAAAGUGUUCCUCGACUUGUUCAACUUGAGCACUUUCCUUCUCCCACGUAACUCUGUCCCUCCACUGACUCGUCAGAUGAAGUCUCGACUGAGCAUUAGGGAUGACACAGAACAAGCUAAAGUAGUAAAGAAGGAGCACGCUAGAGAAUCCUUCAAAGUAACUCCAACUUCUUCACCUUCGGCCUUUGUAUCUUCGGAUUCCCCGUGUCCUCUUGAGAAUGGAGAGGAGAAAGUCUUUUCAGACAGUGACCUUGACAAAAGUUUGGAGAAUAGUAUGGAAAGAUCAUGUGAAGCUUCAAUGUAAGGAAUGAUAUCAAAUGGCUUGUGAAUAAUUUUAUAUAGCUAGUGUUUUAUACAGUACAGUACUUUAUUUUUAUUGAUAGCCAUUUUUUGCAGGAUUAAAGUACACUAUUGAAUAGCUAUUCUGGAAGAAAAAGUCUGACAAUGUUGGCAUGGUACAAAUGUCCUUUUCUUUCAAGUUUAAACCCCCCCCCCCCCCCUAGUAGGUUUUUAUGACUGCAGAGUGAUUUUUCUGGUUUAUGAACAUGGUCAAGUGGUCAAUGGCAUUAUAGAUGCUUUACCUGUCUAUAUGUUGAACUAUUUACCUGUUGGUCAUUCUCAAGAGGGUGGUGGCAGGGAGAGUGACCCCUGGCUUUUGGAAAGUCUUACCAAAAGUUCCUCUAUUUUUCCUGAUGAGUCUUGCCAGGUGGAAAAUUAAUUUAAUUUUUUUUUCUUUUACUAUCUGAAAUGUAUUUACCUUUUUGUAUUUUAGAUGAAUAUUUUAGGAAACUUUAUUGAUCCUUAAAUAAGUAGAUAUUAAUUUUGUAUUGAUAAUGGUCUUCUGUACAUUUAUAAUUACGGUAAGAAAAUAUGUGGCACAUGUACAGUAAAAGUAUUAUAGUUAAUGCUCUACUGUACUUGCAAACGUACGUACAGUACAGGAAUGUCAAACUAAGCACUUAAAAAAUCUGCUAAACAGAAAAUUAUAUUGGCCUGUAUUGGGACACGAGUUUAUUGGUGUAUUAAAAUAGAUGAUUGAUUUUGCAAAGCAACAAAUUUCUUAAAAGCAGCUUUCAUGCUGAAUCGGUGAUUAACAGUUCCUGUUAUUUGUGGUGGUGUGGUUUAGCAAGCCCAUAGUCAUGAGUCACGCUUCAUUUUCAUUGUGGCCUUGUAAGUGUGUGGGCAUCAGACACCCCCUCUGCCCUGGAAGAUGCUUGUACCAGCCAGUUAUUAGUUUCAUGGACCCUUUAUGUGGUAUUCAUUUGUUCAAUCUAGUUUACUUUAUUGCAUAUUUAAAAAAAUCUAGUUUACUUUAUUGCAUAUUUAAAAAAAUCUAGUUGAAAUUUUUUUUUUUGCAAUUAAUCUGUUUUACAGUUAAAAUAUUUUAAAAUCCCAUAUCACUGAUUUUUUAAAUGUUAUUUUAUACAUAAAUUUGUUUCAUU